CUGUUGCGACACGUGGCACAAUUGGACACGUGGCAUAACUAUCCACGUCAGCAUGCCACGUGUCACUGGUCACCACAUCAUCCUACCAUUACACGUGGCCAAAUCAUAAAGUGACACGUGUCACUUACAGUCCACGUCAUCAUGCCAUAUCAUCACGUCGUUAAUGGAAAAUGGGUCAGGGACUACUAUGGUGCAUUUUUUUCAAUCUCAGGGACGUAAUUGGUGCAAUUGGAAUCUCAGGGACGAUUUCAGUGCAAUACGCCAAUCUCAGGGACCAUUUUGGGGUUUAACUCGAUGAUUAGAUGAUACUAUUAAAAUAUGUACUCACAAUUUAUUUUAAAGAGUUAUUUUCUUAUUUUCAAGAUGAAAACUUAAGUUGAUUUUACAUGAAGUUGAUAGUUGAGAAUCAUUUGAUAAAAAUUUAGUCAACUAAUUAAAUUAUUUAACCAUUUUUAACUAUCAACUUCACGUAAAGUCGACUGCAUCUGAAUUUUUACUUUUACCUGUUUCGAGUGAAUAUAACGAAGUACUAACGCGGCUGCUAAAACCAACAACAUAUAAAAACACUCAAAUUCAGUACAUGUUUUUGCAUGCUCUUCACGUACAUCAUAAAGUCCAAGUCAACUAAAUCCACCUUACUCCCCUUUUCUUUAAUAGUUUCAUAGUAAUUAGUAACACCAAAACCAACAACUAACACUUUUAAAACAACAAAAACCCAAAUGAGUAAACGUAACCAAUAAUGAAACAACAAACUAUGUUGUCCCUCUCUUCUUUCUCUUCUUUCUCCAUCACCAUCUUCUUCUUCUUUAUCUUCAUAUUCUCUCUUCUUCACCCUACAACUCCGCUACCUUCCAAUGCAUCAUUCUCCCUCUGCAGCAACACUACAUUCAACUGUGGCAACAUCACCAACGUUUCCUACCCUUUCACCGGCGCCGACCGCCCCUUCUUCUGCGGUCCGCCGGAGUUCCAUUUGACAUGCAACGACGGCAUCCCUGAGUUAAACAUCUUGUUGGUUCGCUACCGAGUCCUCCAACUUGAUUCAGUAGCUCAAAGCCUCACCAUAGCCAGAGCAGACCUUUGGAACAACACAUGCACCAACGUGCACUUAAACUCAACCAUUGAUGAUGGAACUAGUAGCUUCACCUAUGGUUCCGGGAACAAGAACCUUACUUUGUUUUAUGGGUGUGGACCAUCUAUGUUAAACCUAACUCCUGUUAAUUUGUUUCACUGUGAUAGUGGUUAUGGGAAUAAAAGUGAUUCCUACUCUUUGAUUGGUCCUUUGCCUAUGGAUCCUAUUCUUAGCAUUGUUCAUUGUGAGCUUGGUGUUGAGGUUCCUAUUCUUGAAGAUCAGGCUAAUAGGCUCAUAGGGAACAGGUCUUUGCUUAGGGAGGUUUUGAUGAAGGGUUUUAAUGUGAGUUAUAGCAAUAAUCAUUAUGAGAGCGAGUGUUUGAAGUGUGUUAAUGGUGAUGGUGGCCAGUGUGGGUUUGAUUUUGAUUCAAAUAAAGUUAUUUGCAUUUGUGAUGAUCAGUUGUGUUCAUCUUCAGGUAUUGCAGCCUCUGUUUUUGUGAUGAAAAUUCUGAUUGUAUGUCCCAAAAAAAAGAUUGUUUUAGGGAUGAUACUUUAUAUAGAAAUAUACUAAUUCUCUUUGUUAUCA